UCAAAGCUUAUAAAAAUAUAAAAGCUUGCUUUUCAGUGUUACGUGUACUAAGAGCGCAGGCCUGAUUUCUGCCUUCAGGCCAAACAACCAGAGCCCUACGAGCGUCUUCUGGGUUCAGCAGCGCAUCCGUCGGACUCAGACAAGCCUGCUCACCACCUUCCAGUGAUCUGCCACUUACUCACUCAGCAGGUUACCGUCAUCCAUCAUCCUCAGCUCAUCUGUCCACAGAGCGGAGCUGAACCGCCGCCAGAGGGAGGAAAGCAGACAGUCCUCCUCUCUCAGCCGGGAGGAGAGGGAGCUCUGAGCGCUGUGCAUCCCCGGACCAGCGCCGGCCCUCCGGGGGCUGCUUUUCAAAGAAACGCCGCUAAAGUGGGACAAACCUGUUAUUACAGCCAAAGCAAGAGGACCGAGUAAUUCCGUCCAGCAGUCGGAAGAGAAGAAAUGUCAAGAGAAGGAUGAGAUGAGUAAGAGCAAUGCAGCUAAUGUAGCUUAAUCCAGUACAAGCAACAAAGAGGAAAGAUGGGGGACAGAAACCAGACAAUCGUGGCAGUUACAUUGUCUCAAGGCCAGCCUUUAGAGAGCCCUCAGGACGCCUUUUUGACAAACUAUGACAUUCUUUUGGAUUAUGACGUUCCCCUGGACGAGAUUCCGGACACAACUCAGGGCAGAGCCUUUUUUGUAGCCACCAUCAUUAUCGCUGUUGUUCUGGUCAGCAUCAUGCUUGUUUGCGGGAUUGGGAACUGCCUCUUCAUCGCCACAUUAGCACGUUACAAAAAACUACGGAACAUCACCAACCUGCUAAUUGCUAAUUUAGCAGUGUCAGACUUCCUGGUGGCAGUUGUGUGCUGUCCAUUCCUGGUGGAUUACUAUGUCGUUAAGCAGCUCUCGUGGGACCAUGGGAUCGUCCUGUGUGUUUCCAUCAACUACUUGAGGACAGUGUCUCUCUAUGUGUCCACUAAUGCCCUGCUGGCCAUCGCUGUAGAUAGGUACAUGGCAAUUGUGCACCCUUUGAAGCCACGGAUGAAGUACCAGACCGCCUACUGGCUCAUAUUUGGGGUUUGGAUCAUCCCCAUCCUGAUCUCUGUCCCCUCUGCGUACUUUGUCACAGAGCAGGAGUACCCUCCCAGUACUGUUGCCCACGACAACAAGAUCUUCUGUGCCCAGAUCUGGUCGGCAGAUCAGCAGCUGCUCUACCGCUCCUACUUUUUGUCUGUUCUAGUCGUGGAGUUCCUAGGGCCUGUGGUGGUCAUGGCGAUCUGCUAUGCCCGCAUCUCGCACGAACUGUGGUUCAAGAAUGUCCCAGGGUUUCCGACUGAGCAGCUCCAGAGGCGGUUGCGUCGUCGUCGUCAAACCGUUGUGGCAUUGAUUGCCGUGCUGGUGGCCUACGUGUUGUGCUGGGCACCAUAUUAUGGCUUUGCACUCUUGCGUGACUUUUAUCCAGCAUUAAUCACACGUGAGCGCAACUCACUGGUGGCCUUCUACAUCAUCGAAUGCAUUGCUAUGAGCAACGGCGUCAUCAACACGCUGUGCUUUGUGAGUGUGAGGAACAGUGCUGCCAAGUGUCUCAAGGGGACGAAACUUGUGCAAUGGCAUGCCAUUUCGAGGACCAAUGCUACCAUCUGCAAGAAGACAGAAGAGGGCGAUAUCAGGACUUCCUCGGUUAGAGUGACAGAAGAAGUAGAAUGUAAAACGAUAAAGUGAAGAAAUGGAAAGAAAGCAGAGGAAGGAAGAAAUUGAGAGAGUGUUCCUACUGUUGCUGAUUGCAUUGAAGCCAGUGAGGCGUUUUACUUACACCAAGGGACAUAUUGUGGCAUCUUAGGCUCCAUUCCUGAUAUAAAUUAUAUUUUAGGGUUACAGUCCAGUUGGACUAGUCCAGAAAGGGUAGCUGCUGGAUACAGCAGAAAUUUGUCCUUUAUAAAACUGAGGAGGAAUCCUUAUAGUGUUAACCUAGAUCUGGGAUAUUCAACUGCAGUCCAGCAGGUCCCGAAUUCUACUGUUCAACAUAUCUGUUAAUUACUAGGUUCAGUAAAGUUUUGUGUUCCUAGAAUAAAAAUGAAAAUAAAUACUAAAGUAAUCAUAAAGACAAAGUACUAAAGACAAAGACAAAUACUAAAGACAAAGUAAUAUGCCUCAAAACAGAGCCUUGAGGCACUUUAUGGGGUAAAGCAAUACACAAUGAAAGGAAAUCAACAAACUGUGCUGGAUUACAGCUCUUCAGAACUGGAAUUGCUUUAGCUUUUAUCCAUUGCCCUUUUCUUGUGAAGCAAGUGCAUAGUUCAAAGGACACAAGGUUUCACAGGGCGAACAAAUGAAAAUACCUCAGAACAAACUAAACUAAGCUCAUCUCCUGUGCCCUUUUUUGCUGGAAUUUAACUUUUCCUCUUUCAGUGAAAUGUUUUGUGUAAAGCUUUACUUCUGCAUGACCAAAUUCCACUCCACUUAAUUCCACAGAGCAAUCCAGUAGAUCCAAGCAGCUUCGUGGAACAUUCAUGAUACAUCUAGAAUUAACACUAAUGUUCUGCUGGCAUCUUCAAAACAAAGUUUGUGAUUUGCUAAAAGACAGCAGAGAAACGAAGGUAUUCUCAAAGGAUUCCAAUUGUCACCAGGUGUAAAUAAAAGCAAGGGCAACAAAAUCCAAAACAAAGUCCUUAAAGCAUAUAGGUCAUAAAGCAGUUAAGCUCACUGAUGCACACAUUGGCUUCAUCUGAAAUCUUGCACAUCUAUCAGUAAUAAGUAGUGUACCAAAAAAUCCAGAAAGCUUUGUGUGUCGAAAAUCAUGGUAUUCAUCAAGCAGUAGAAAAAAAAGUACCUGGAUGCUGCAUCACAUCUGCUUAAAACUGGAAUUGUGUGAACAUGGGACACCACUCAAUCCCAUGAUUCCAGCGGUAUGAUGGAGCUUCUGAGGCAAUCGGUCAACUUGGAGAACAUGGCUCAUCUCCCAGCUCAGGUGCGGGACAUAAACUUUAUAAACGGUGUUAUAAAUGAAAUGUGGGAAUAAAGUUUGCCCUUGACCAAAGUUUUGUCUUCUGGGUAAAGAAGCUAAUUUGUUACAUUCUGCUGUAAAUAAAAGGUCCAACAUUGCAGAUGCAACCAAAAUUCUGUAAGUAACAGCUGAGGUUAUGUUUAUUAUUGAUGUUUCAUGUGUGGCAAAACCACUGCAAUGCAUUGUGUGUGUAUAUAAUAAAAUAGAUAGUGAAUCUGA